AUGGCUGUUCUAUGGGCUUCUCGAGUGACAUACCUGUUAAUAUUGAUAUUCAAUUUGUCAACAUGGAUUGAUCUAAUAGGCAUUUGGACUGAAUUACCCUUAAUUGUAGCUCACUUGCCUGAAGGUUGGACACUGCCGUCCAUCAUAUCAAUGAUAACAUGUCUUUCAAACAUAUAUCCAUUAAUUAUCAUAGUUAUACGAUGCAUCAGAGGCAGCAAAAACUUUUCCGAAAUACCUCAUAUUUAUGCUGUUAUUUUUAUUGGUAUUGGUGGUUGUAUGGUAUUAGGACUGUUCUGGCAUAAAACAUUUUAUCUAUUUCAUCAACAACGUAGUGUUAUAUUUUUAGUUGCUACAUUUUUUCUCUCAAUGUUAGAUUGUUCAUCAAGUCUUAUAUAUUUUGAUUAUAUGAAACGUUUUCGUCCGAAAUAUUUGAAUGCAAUGUUUUUUGGUGAAGGUUUAACGGGUCUUAUCCCAGCUCUUAUUGCAUUUGCCCAAGGUAUUGGAGGCGAAAUAACAUGUGAAAGUGGACAUAAGCCUUCCUAUUCCAGACCAAGAUUUAGUGUUAAAAUUUACUUUUUUAUACUGGCUGCUCUUAUCACAUGUUCAUUAUUCGCAUUUAUUCUCCUUCAAUGGACUUCAAUUGCCCAAUCUGGUGAUGCUCUAGAAAAGAGGGAUGAAACGAUGAUUAUUGAAGACCAAAAUGUGAAACAGGUUUUUAUAGUGAAACCGGUAACAACCUUAGUAACAAGAAACUACAUAUCAAAGACAAACUAUUAUUUUCUAUUAAUUCUAAAUACAAUAAAUGCUUUAAUUGUGUAUGGAUGUUUACCAUCGCUUAUAACUUACGCUGUCCUACCGUAUGGUCAACGUGCAUUUUAUUAUUGUUCAGUGUUAGCACCGCUGACCUUUCCGUUGGCUUGUUUUCUAAAUCUUGUGCUUAAAUCUAAACUGAGAUUGAUCAUUGUCUGUUCAUUCAUUAGUACAGCUGGUAUUUUAUUUAUUUUCUAUAUUGCAUUUAACAGUCCUUGUCCAAUAUUACAUGAUACAACCAAAGGUGCCAUUUUAGUAACUGUCAUCUGGUGCACAAUUUCAUUUUCUAGUGCUUAUAUUCGUGUGAGAAUAGGAAAUAUAAUUAAAACAUCAUGGUCAAACGAAAACGGUUUGUUUAUUUAUGGUGUAACCACUCAAAUAGGCUGUUGUUUAGGAGCAGUCCCAUUAUUUUUCAUAAUUAAUGUCUUUCAGUUCCUAAAGGAUCGACAACCAUGUAUCAGAUAUUGUCAUACUCGGCUGCAGUCGUCAUAAUUACAACUGCAUAUAAGAGUUUGUUUUCUCAGCGUAUAUCAUCAGGAGCUGUUAUAAAGUUAUGUUUAAAAUAAAGACAGGGGAAGAUAACGUUAGUUGCUUUUUAUUAUAAGAAGAUGUUUUACUUGGAAGAUGUUUUUUACUUCACUUUAUUGUUUCAAGGAAAUCAGCCACUGAGAUAGGCACGUUGCUUACUGCUCUGCGGCAUAUGCUGUGAAAAUCGAAAAUAUGUGAAAUUGUUUUAAAGCAGUGCAGUGCAUCGAUGAAAUAGCUUGGAAGCUUCCUCCAUCCUCCGGCAUGCCACAAAUUUUAUGUUUCACCGAGCUAAAAAUCUUCAGAUGGGUAGCGCGUGCACGUCGGCUAUGAUAACAGGUUAGUGUGGUAGUAUUUUGUAAGGAAUUGAUGAUUUUUUUGACGAAUCUUUUUGAAGCACUAAAAGUUUGGACAAAAAGUUUUAAUUACUUACAUCGAUUUUGAUGAGCUUCUAAAGUACACCUACCAUAAAAGCUUCAAAUGUUCAAAAUCUACUUUUUCCAGUAGGUUUUCGGACAGACUGAUGCUCAUUAUUCUGAAGACUAGAACUGUUUUGGAAGUGUAUUGGGGUAGCUCAUUCUGUGAAUUCGCACAGAUUUCUUAACGGGUCUUUGCUAAACCGUUGAGCUAUCCGUAUUUUGGCCCCCCAAAACAAAGGAAGCAUCCGGAAAGAAAUAAUUAAAAAAACCCGAUCGUAUUCGAGUCUGGUGUUUGCGGUAAAAAGUUUAGUUCUAAUAAACAAAAUCUUGAUAGGGUAAAUCCAUCUGCAGUGAGACAAUUUUUAUUCUAGAAAUAGCGAUAAAUAGUUUCGAAGGUCUGAAAAAAUUUUCUCCCCUUUUUUUUGAAAUAGAUGUUUAUAGUGUUUUGUCCCCAUUAAUUUGUUUUUAGAUGGCGAUAGAAAAAGCACGUCAUACGAUUCACAUAAACAUUUUCUUUCGAACGAACGCGUAAUUUGGCCUCCUCUCUUUUGCUCUUCCAACCAAGAUUCUUUGAGCGUUCUAUUUGAAUGAGCAAAUUUCUCCUACAUCUGUCAACGAUAAUCAAGGUGAAUAACACUCCCUGUUUUGUUGGAUA